UGGAGGAUAUCUAAUAAUAAUAAAUUAAGUAUUUUAGUGGAUGACAAAGAACUGGAAUUAAAUAAAGGUUUGAUGUACAUCAACCAAAAUAAAUUAGUACUUUUCAAACUUGAAGAAAGCAAAAUUGCCAUUCUGUACAGCUGCGGCCUCCAGGUGUCUGUGAGCGUGAGCGACGGCGCCAUCUUAGGGGCAAUUGUGCAACUCCCCCAGUCAUUCCUUUACAGGACCCUAGGACUACUGGGUUUGUGGAGCGGCACAAAAUCUAAUGAUUUUAUCCAAUCAAAUGGAAACACCUUGUUCUUUAACAGCGGGGAUGUACCUACUGAAGAAGACCUUUAUAAUUUUGGCCUCUCUUGGAUUGUACCAACUCCUGAAAGUCUUUUUGUUUCCAAACCAAUGGUGGACGUAUGGAAAUCCUUCAGACCGAUGUUCACUUCUACGUUGAUGACGUCUGUUUCUCAGUCAGUGAUUAGCAGUGCCAAUGGGACCUGUGCUGGUAUAGUGCAAUGUAUCCACGACCUCCUGCUGACCAAUAACACUGUGUUUGGACUGCAGACUAGGAAUGACUUCAAUGAGUUCCAUCAGUUGGUCUCUCUCUUUGGAAAUGGUGCCCCAAUGCUUGUUGGCCCACCGAUUCUUCAGCUGAGGGUGAAUGUUACCUACAAGGUUUGGUUUAAAGCAACCGACUCCAACAAUGAUACGCUGACUUAUUCUAUUGUCAAGCCUGUUCCCCUGGGAGCCUCCAUUACUUUAGACGGUCAGUUUAUAUGGACGAUAAGGAACGUGAACCCAGAAGUGCUGAGAAUCCAAGUGAAUGAUCGCUUCUCUGGCUCCAUCUUUGUCCCCGUUGUGCAGGUGUGCAACUGUACCAAUGGGGGGACGUGUGAUUAUAAUAGUCUUAUUGAAAAUUACCAGGAGCCCAAAUAUCAGGUUGUGGGCUGCACGUGUCCUGACGGGUUCUCUGGAGCUUUCUGUCAGAAUCCCUCAUCGCCAUGCCGGGGGGAGCCCUGCUUUCCCAGUGUGCCUUGUACAACCCCAACGAGUAAAUCUCGAUUUGUGUGUGGCACUUGUCCUCCUGGAACAGUCGCCAGUGGCGCCGAUGGGGAAAAGUGCUUCUUAAAUGAUCUGUGUCUUCCUCCCUACCCUUUUCCGUGCCGCGAGAAUGCCAAGUGCAUCAGUAGCUUUGGUUCCUUUUCCUGCCUCUGUAAACCUGGUUUCACUGGAAAUGCAAACAAUUGCUCAGAUAUCGAUGAAUGCCAAACAAUAUCAGCAUGUCCUAAUGCCAAGUACGAAUGCAUCAAUUCCCCUGGCUCUUUCACUUGUGCCUGUCGCUACCAAAGUACCAGUGAUGCUGAAUGUGGAGACUCUUCUAAUCCUCCAGGCUGGAACAUAUUUAAUUGCACGCUGAAGUGGCUCGCAUUGGAUGUGCCUGGAAAUAAUCUCAGCCCAAGCAGUUCUGCAAAACAAUAUGAGAAACUACAGUCUAUCUUGUCCCUUGGAUUCCAGAACAAGUUCUACUCUUUGCAGCUCAAGAACUCUUCCAUCGGAGGUGCAUUUUCUGAAUAUAGAAUUAACGUAUCCAGUGACACCCCCCAUUGGUUUGUGAAAGACUACUUGAUUAGAGUUCACAACUAUUACCAGUUUGGCACAGUAUGGGUGGAAGAUGUGAAUGAGUGUGAUGAAAACGAACACAACUGCAGUGCCACAGCCAUGUGUAAGAACACUUACGGGGGAUACAAAUGUGUCUGUGACCAAAAUAUGAAACUGGAAGCAUAUGACUGUGUUCCUAAUGACAAAUCCCAGAAUCAAACCCUGACAAGCAGUAGUUCCAUGGAACAGGACACCAUGAUACUGGCCUUGGUUCUCGGCUUCGGCAUUCCCCUCGUUAUACUGCUGCUUCUUCUCAUUUGUUGCUAUUGCUCUAGGAGGAAAGACGGACAGGCCAAUAUUGCUGCGCCGCCAGAUAUAAUGGCUGCAGAGAAUUGUUGGGCCCCUAAUGUAUAUGCUGAGCCGAUGUUCUACAAGGUGCACCACAUUCCUCCGCCCACUUAUGUGCAACGAUUGGGAAUGUAACGGCGCAACACAACUUGGACCCAAAAUCACAUGCACUUUACAGACUUUGAUGGGAUAUUGGAUAUUAAUGGGUUAUGUAUAGAUCCCUUUAUUAGAGGGCAGAUCAGAGCCAUAGUAACUAACCUAUUAAAGGGCAGAGUACAUCUUUAAUGCAUGAGCGGGGAUGGGCACGUGCUUUCCAUAAGCCUUUCUAUGGUUUUUAUCCCUAGGUAAAUGUCAGCCAUCACUAAGCAAAUAAAACCUGCCUGGAUUUAUUUUCAGUAUCCUUGCUUUUAAAGUGUGCGCAGGUCUCUGGUUAUUUUAGCAACUCAUUAAAGCAAAAUAUUGCUGUUCGUAGGAAAUAUCUUUGAUCUUCCUUUUAAUAUGCAGUAAAGUCCGCAGAUUGGUGGUCUCACAGACUUCA